CAUAAAUAUUAGCACGUGGCUAUUCAACCAGACGAGAAAAUACAAUUGGAUGAUGAAGAAAUGCAAUGUUUGUAAUCUAACCGAAAGCAAAUACAGAUGUCCGAAGUGCCGGAUUUUAUAUUGUUCCGUAACAUGUUACAAAACACAUAAAGACAAUUCAUGUGAGGAAUUCAAACAACCCGAAGAGACUAUUUUGCGCAAUACAACUAUAAAUGGCAGUUCUCUGAUCACUAAAGAAGUGGAACCUGGUGAACUGACAGAUGAAGAAUUAGAUGUUGAAGACAAAGUCAGUCAGGAAAAGUUGUCUCUUCUUGAAAACUCGCAAAAAAUCAAGGACAUGCUAUUAAACAAACAUCUGCAAAGAGUUUUGAAGACUAUUGAUGAAAAAGACAGUGAACAAGAACUUGAAGCUGCUAUGAAGCUUCCUCUGUUUGUGGAAUUUGCCAAUGAAUGUUUAAAAUUGGUAGAUGACUGAAAUUUAUGACUUAUGGGAAAAUGGGGUGAGUUUUGACCACCAAGAUAAAGUUAAUUUGAGUGGUUUACAUGAUGAAGUGGCAGAAUUCAUUGUAUUAUUGUAUUACAAAUAUGUAAAUUAACACGCACACUACAAUUUUACAAUUUACAAAUUUGAAAAGUAUUUUUUGCUACAAAUAUCUGUAGAAUAUUACGUAAACAUAUUGUAAAGUAAAAAAACUAAAUGU